AUAAACUCAAAACAGGAAGAAGAAGAAUCUCUGAAAAACAAUCAAGAAGGAGAGGCUGUUUGGUACCUCUGUGAUGAUGCAGAGCCAAUUUCUGUGGAUUCCCGCUGCUGUCUGAGGGGAACCAUGAUUUCAGUCAGCUACAUCCUGCUCUGCGGACAGUUCCUGCUGCUGUUUGCUGCGAUUUUGUUGCAAUGUCUGGAAGGAAUUCAUUCCCAGAACUCGAGCACCGCAGGUUCCACCGCUGCUCCGGCUGCUUCUCCCACACAGGGAGCCUCCUCGCUGCCCUCCAGCGAGCCGCCCGAGCCGACGCAGAAUGAAACCCCGGCGGAGAACAACACGGAGCCGUUUGAGUACAGGCCCCCGUCCCCAGUCGUCCUCUGCAGCCAUCUGCCUGAGGAGUUCAUCUACUGCCAGGAUCCGGUGGACCAUGCAGGAAACUACAGCGCCUACCAGGAGAUGGGCCACGGCUGCGUUUGGUGGGGGGGACAGACGAAGAAAGAAGUGAACCACACCCAGGUCAUCUGCACCGCCCUGGACGACAUAGAAUGUGCCGGACCCCGGGAGUUCCUCCGAGGCGACGUGCCUUGCAUCAAAUACACAGGACACUACUUCAUCACCACGCUGCUGUACUCCUUCUUCCUGGGCUGCUUUGGCGUCGAUCGCUUCUGCCUGGGCCACACAGGCACAGCCGUGGGGAAGCUGCUCACCCUGGGAGGCCUGGGAAUCUGGUGGUUCGUGGACCUGAUCUUGCUCAUCACCGGCGGUCUGAUGCCCAGCGACUACAGCAACUGGUGCACCUACUACUGAGGCGGGCGGCAUCAGCCUGCAGUGGGAGUGUGUGGGCUGUGUCUGAGUGGAACCCUGAGGCCUCUGGGGUAUUCUAGGGACCGAGUCCACAAGAUGAGAGUUGAUGUGUUCUCUUGGAGUUGCAGAGGAGCAGCAGUUGCUGUUUUCAUGACUUUUGGUUCAUUAUAGCCUCGAUGAGUCAAAAAAAUGGUUUGGUCUAUUUUCUUUGUAUUUAAGGUAAUUUAUUUACAACAAAUAUGGACAGAAAUGACUCUUUAAGGUUUUACUUCAUAAAUGUACUAUUGGUAAAUUUCAACCUGAAUUCAGGAUGUAGUUUAAAACCAUGUGUCCUGAAGUCUGAUGCUUGUGACCAGUUGUAAAAAAUAUUCUUUUGCCACAAACAUGUUGCUUUUUAUAAUGUUUAUUGUUGUUGUUUUUACUCCCCAGAGCUGUAUCAUUUGAACAGAAAAGCAACACAUAUUCCUACUGUUGCUAUAUUGUUGCUUUUACUCAUUUUACUUUUUUUUUUCUUCUUUUUUUUGAUAUGUUGAACUUAAAAAAAGUAAAUAAAAUGUAGCAGAAGUAUCUGUUAAUUAAUGUAAGAUGUAUUUUAUUGAUCCCAGAAUUGGGAAACUACUGGGCAGCAGGGCAUACAGAAAACACACAAUAUGCUUGACAUAAGUAAGAAUGAAAUAUAGAAUAUAAUGUAAAUGUCUAUACAACAAUAUACUGCUCUAAAAUAUGUAUGGCGAAGUUACCUAAACUCUCGGUUGUUUUCACUUAAACUUUACCAGUGAAACAAACAAGUCUUAAACACUCUUCUAGAGUUGCUGCUGUUGCUGCUGUCCGUAAACAUGUUUUGCACACAGAACACCGUUAUUCUGCAAAGAUGCCAUCUGUCUUCUCAGUACAGCUGAAGUAUUCCCACAUUGAUUCCUUCAGACGGGGUGACUGGAAGUCCGGAGCAAUCAGCCGUCAGAGAACUUUCAUAGCUAACAGCUAAACAGAGGAAUCUCUGAUCAGGAAAAAAAAAAAUCAAAUCCCACAGGAACUGUGGAUAGGCUUGAAACCGUGAAUUUUUCAUAUCGUGGUAUAUCCGCUAGACGAGAAGCUCAACCUCUCAUGGUUUCCAAGGUUACUACAGAAAGUUUGAAUUUGCCAAAUUGAGUCAUGACUGAAAUGGAUUGGGCUGUGGUUCUGCCUGCUCUGACCCAGCCAGUGACCUCAUGUUCACUGCAUCUGCUUUGUUUGGAUUAAGUAAAUUUGGACUAUUUCCUUUCUUUCAUGGUGUCACGUCACAUAAAUCAAGAUUUCAAUGCCAAAUCAUGAUUUGUUUGUCAUUCUUCCUUCACUGAUGUGCACACGCAGGUCAAAGGUUCACCGUCAAAACAAGCAGACAUUUGGUUUGUGCCUGGAAUGGAUUUCUGUUGAUUUUCACCUGCUCUCAUUCAACAAACCCUGAGAAAUCAGCUCGUUUUCUUUCUGUCACAAACUGCCACCGACGUGUUGUUGAACAUUUAGAAACUCCUACUAUCCCCCUGAUGAUGUGUUUUCACUCAGCGGUGAUCUUCCAAAACAUUCAGCUGCUUCUUCAGGUCACAGCCUGUAUAAUUUACAUGUCGGUUUUGACAGGAUCAUCUCAGCAGUUUGGUAUUUUAAAGCUUCCUGUUUUGACUGAUUACAAUUGCUGUCCUUUCACACAAGAAAAAAAUGAAGUUGCAAACCCCAAGAUAAAGUAAUGUUUGGGUGUUUUUUAACAUACAUAUGAGGAAUAUUAGGAUUUUCAGAGCAGUGUUACUACGUCCAGCUGCUGAGCUUUGCCCCAUUAAAGACCUAAUCUUAAACAAAUCUCCAUCUUCCCUGACUUCCUCCAGUGAGGCUUAGGUCUCAGGUUAGACCAUUAUUAAAUAUUUAAAACUUCUUCUCCUGUUUAUUCUUUAAAUGUCUUCUAAGUCAACCAAUCGCUAGCCGUUUGACCAGCAGCAAUCGUUUGACCAGCAGCAAUCGUUUGACCAGCUGACAUUUAUUCUGCCCUGAGACUAAAACACAUGAAAGGUCAGAGGUCACACUUUAAAUAUAAUAUCUGCAUUUCCAUUGAUAAUAUAAUCGUGCAACUUGACAGUUUAAAAAAUAAAUAUGCUUAACGGAAACAUGUCAGUUUUGAAAAAACACCUUUUUUGAUAAAAACGUCUUGGUGUGAGGAUAAGGUGGUUCAUUUCGCAAAACUACAAUGAAAAGACUUUUUGCAUCACACGAGUCACAUGAUCAGCAUCUACUGGCUUUUUAAUGACUCAGUGUGAACAAACUUGUUCAUAUGAGUUGCUGACUGUAUUUUUCAUUUAGCACCUCAAUUUCACCUCAAUUGCGAAAUUGUGUUUUUUCGACAUUAGCGCAACACAGACAAGAGUUCUGCGUACAUCUGGAAAGGAAACGCAGCUAAUGAGCCACAGGAUUCUUAAAGUACAUCAAAAUAUGUCAUGCAGAUUUUCUCAGUCUAACCUAAAACCAUCAUACCCGGAUAAACUCAUGCUUCACUUCGGCUGGAUUUCAUACUCUCAGCUCAAUCCAUGCUGUGUGUUUAUGGAUUUGCCCUGUAUGAUUCACGUGCUGAUCACUGUUGAGAAAAUAUACCUGCUAUUUUCUUGUCUUGAAAGAAAAGUCUUUCAGCCACUUCACAAAAGUCACAUGUGAGCCCCCAGAAAGUCCAGUUGAUCUGGAAGCGGUUGAGUGGAACCCAAAGUGUCUCAUGUUGUUAAUCACAGCUCCUGCUCCGCAUGAAUCAAUAAAAACCUUCUUGUUCUGGGUGUUCUCUGAA